AUGGUUACAAGCCAGAGGUUCUCCCGGCCACGUAGCUGCCUAGGGCGCGCAAUUCGAAGACAAUUGCUAGCUGUGACAGUCUUCCUUAGCAUCAGCCAGUUGCGGGGUCCAGCCAGCUCCUUCGUGCUGCGCCGCUUUGUGCCUUCCUGGAUCCUGCAUGCAGAGGCUGAUGAAAGCAGAAGUGUUGCUACGCAACCUGCGUUGAGCAAGGUGGGCGCCACAAUUGCAGAGCCAUUUGGCUAUGCCGAAGACUUGGAGCAAUCGCUCACGCCGCCGAAAAAGGCGACAAACAGUCCUUGGCAGAUGGCGCAGUCGUCGUUGCAGGAGAUGCUGGCAGCCAGCGAGGCACAGCAGCUCAUUGCAAAUGUCUCUCAGACGCGAGAUCUGGCGGCUGCGGGUGCAGUUCUCACGCUCGCUCUAGCAUCCGAAGCACCGCUUUUGAAGAUGGCCACUGUCGCAGAGGAUGCGAUCCGAAUGCUGUCUGGCCUGCAGCUAGCUACUGUGCAGGACGUUUUGGCUGCAGCAUCGUCUUCCAGCUUGGCAGAGGGCUUGCCAGCCUUCAUAGCGAGCUCGCUUCUUUUGGCAGCAGCAAGCACUGCCAGCCAAGCAGCACUCGGCGAGGCUUCUCAACGCUCGGACUGGCUGCAGGCUUUGAAUGCAACGGCCCAGGAGAUUUGGGAAAGUGGCACAGGCAGCUUGAGCAGCCAGGCCGCGACGCUUUUGAAGGAGGUCGCAAAAGUCUUUGCUGCAUUUGAUGAGCAAAUCAGUACUGAGGCGGUAGACGUGCCCUCGGCCGAAUCUAGUCAUGGCAUCGCGUUGCGCUGUGGAAGCGCAAGGCGCCAGGGGAAGGAUUGGAUUCUCCCGAUUGAGGUCCAACUCUACCGCCGAAACGAAGGGCGUCAUGCAAUGUUACUCGGCAUGUGCCGACAGCUUCUUUUCCGUUCGCUGCACGGCGUGACCGAAAGUGACUUUAACGCAGAUGCGGAGAAAUUAUAUGAGGAGCGCGCUCGACUGAUCUUUCGCAGCCUUCAAUUGCCCUCCAGCGAUCGCGCACUUCAGCGCUUGGAAGUCAGAGUCGGGGGUCCUCGUGAUGAUGAUGAAGGUUGGCAUCUAUUGCCGCCAACAGACGGGCAAGGAUUGAUCCAGGCCAAUGUGAAGUUCACCGACGAUGAUAUCCCGCUAGCGGACCGCUUUAUGGAACAAGCUCAGGUGGAGGUGCGCCUGGCGGAUGCAGAUGUCGCCGCUCAGCCUCAGGACGUUCCGAGGAUCGUCGCACCUCCGAGCAAGGCAGUUGCUACAAUGGUUCGUCCACAAGGCUUCGGAGUCAUCUCUGACAUUGAUGACACCGUGAAAGUGACAGAAGUCUUUCACGGCAUCAAGGCGGUGCUCCAGAAUACGUUCCUCAAAUCCUUUGAUGACGUGCCUGGCAUGGCUCAGCAGUACCGAGGCUGGGCGCAGCUGGGCGCCAGCUUUCACUAUGUUUCAAAGAGCCCGCCAGAGCUACACGGACCACUGUCUGAAUUUCUGAACAGCAAGGGCUUCCCCGUGUCCUCGAUUCACCUUUGUCCACUCCUCGGACGUGACCGGGCAAAUUUCAAGCUUCGGCAGGUGACAAGUCUCCUCUCCCAGUUCCCAGACCGAAAGUUUGUGUUGGUCGGGGACUCUGGGGAGAAGGACGCCGAGGUCUAUGCCGAGAUCAUGCGAAGCCAUCCAGACCAAGUCAUAAAGGCCAGAGCUGCGUUUGAAGGAGAAGACGACGAGAAGUGGCAGGUGUUCGCGGAUGCGGCUGAUGUGAAGCUGGAGACCGUGAGCACUUUCAAGUGGCCCAGUUGGCUUCCAUGGUCCAAGCGCCCGAAAGAUGCAGAGGUUGAGGCGCGAGCGCCCGAAACCUUUACACGUACCAAGGACAGCCACUUGGAUGCACAAAUUGCGCAUUCUAUAUUCGCCCCCUGCUUCUACAGGUACCAGGAGGCCGAGGUCUACUUGCAAAAGGCAGUGACUGGCUACUUCAGUCCAUUGACGCUCCAUGAGGAGGAGGUCUGGCACGACUACGGCCUGGCACUUUGGCACGUCGGCCGCCACAUGGAGGCCGCUCACAGCUUCCAGAAUGCCAUCAUCACGAACCCAGGCUUCCCGAAAGGGCACAACAACCUGGCCUGUGCCUUGGUGCUGCUGGGUUUGUCCGCCGAACCCAUGAACACGCAGCUGGUGCAGCAGGGCAUACAGGCGGCCGAACAAGCCAUAACCAUGGCGCCACACGUGCCCCUCUAUUGGCGCAAUGCCGCAGUCUUGCUGAACAUGGCUGGAGAUCAGCAUGCGGCAGUCGCAGCAUGGGAACGCUUCCGGCAGGGCGACCCACGAGCCGCAGCCGCAGAAGAGGUGAACGGCAUCCCAAGAGAUUGCACCUGGCAGUUCUAUUUUCGCUGA